AUGACGGACCCGGUGAUCGUGGCCAGCGGGCAGACGUACGAGCGGAGGAGCAUCCAGAAGUGGCUGGACAGCGGGGAGAGGACGUGCCCCAAGUCGCGGCAGCCAUUGGCGCACCUGUCGCUGGCGCCAAACUACGCGCUCAAGAACCUGAUCCUGCAGUGGUGCGACAAGCACAUGGUGGAGCUGCAGAAGCGGGAGCCGGAGCCCGCCGCGGAGACGGAGGAGCACAAGGAGGACAUCCCGUCGCUGGUGGAAGGCAUGUCGUCCAUCCACCCCGACGUGCAGCGCAAGGCCGUGAAGAAGAUCCGGAGGCUCUCCAAGGAGUGCCCCGAGAACCGGACGCUGAUCGCCGACAACGGCGGCAUCCCGGCGCUGAUCGGCCUGCUGGCCUGCCCCGACAAGAAGGUGCAGGAGAACACGGUGACGUCGCUGCUGAACCUGUCUAUCGACGACAAGAACAAGGUGCUCAUCGCCAGGGGAGGCGCCAUCCCGCUGGUCAUCGAGAUCCUCCGGAACGGCACCCCGGAGGCGCAGGAGAACUCGGCGGCGACGCUCUUCAGCCUGUCCAUGCUGGACGAGAACAAGGCCGCGAUCGGGAGCCUGGGCGGGCUGGCCCCGCUGGUGGAGCUGCUGCGCAGCAGCGGCACCGCCCGUGGGAAGAAGGACGCCGCCACGGCCAUCUUCAACCUGGUGCUCAGCCCGCAGAACAAGGCCCGGGCGACCCAGGCGGGCAUCGUGCCGGCGCUGGUCAAGGUCAUGGACGACAAGGGGCUCGGCAUGGUGGACGAGGCGCUGUCCAUCUUCCUGCUGCUGUCAUCGCACGCCGCGUGCCGCGCCGAGAUCGGGACGACGGCGUUCGUGGAGAAGCUGGUGCGGCUCAUCAAGGACGGCAACAGCACGCCCAAGAACAAGGAGUGCGCGCUGUCGGUGCUGCUGGAGCUGGGCACCAACAACAGGCCGCUGCUGGUGCACGGGCUCAGGUUCGGACUCCACGAGGACCUCUCCAAGAUCGCCAAGAACGGCACCAGCAGGGCGCAGAGGAAAGCCAACUUGCUCAUCCAGCUCGCGCGCAAGCUCUGA